AUGAGUAGCCACCUCGAAACUAAAAUAACUGCUAGUGAAGCUUUUAGUUCCUUCUUCAAUGGUUGGCUUUGUCGUCAACAAGUCUUCCUCGAUCAACUUGAGGACAAAAACAACAACCAACAGUUGAUUCAGCUACUACUUAACCAUUAUUCUGAGUACUACGAUGAGAAGGCUAGAGUCAUUUGGGAAGAUCCAUUUCUCCUCUUUUCCCCACCUUGGCUAACCUCUUUCGAAAAGAGUUUCCUUUGGGUGGCUGGUUUCAAACCAUCUUUAGCUUUUCGCCUUCUUGAGCUUUCUGUUUUUGACUUGGAAUUAGAGCAACUAGAAAGGCUAACAGUUUUGAAAGCUGAUGUUGCAAGGGAGGAGAGGACACAUUUGGAAUCCUUGGCCGCGGUGCAAGAAACCACAGGAGCACCACCAUUGUUGAACCUCGCUAAACAUUAUGGGAGGUUAGUUGAUGGAGAGGUUUCUAAGUUUCCCAAGGCAGUUCAAGGACUAUGUUUGUCCAUGUCUAGGGUUGUUCAAGGAGCGGAUAAUCUCCGAAGAAACACUACCAUUAAGUUACUUGAUAUUUUGAAUGUCAACCAGAGUUUAAAUUUUCUUGCUUAUGUUGCCAAGUUCCAACUUGGUAUUAGAACUUUGGGUCUUGGGAUUGAUAGCAAAAUGAUGUCCCAAGAUAUUGGGUUGGGCCAUUAA